CAGGAGGGCGGUGCGUACCUAACCACACCUUCUGCAACCCAAGUGCCGCCCCUCAGACUUUCUCCUUUUUCCUUUUUUCCGGAACGCCGGAACGUAAGACGUGGGUCACGCAACAAGAGCAACUAGUCCCGGAAGCAAAAAGCAAAGAGGCGGAGAAGAAGACGGGAAGCAGAGCCCGCGUCCGGGUCGGCCGGCAGGGGGCGGGGCCGGGCAUGGUAACGGCUCGGAAGCCUAGGAGGCUGGGCCGGAGGGAGGCGGAGGAACCGGUGUUCGCCGCCGCCGCUGCUUCAGCUUAUUCCUUGUGGCCUCUGUGGGUCCUGCCUCAGCCAUGAUGAUCCACGGAUUCCAGAGCAGCCACCGGGAUUUCUGCUUCGGGCCCUGGAAGCUGACGGCGUCCAAGACCCACAUCAUGAAGUCGGCGGAUGUGGAGAAAUUAGCCGAUGAAUUACAUAUGCCAUCUCUCCCUGAAAUGAUGUUUGGAGACAACGUUUUAAGAAUCCAGCAUGGGUCUGGCUUUGGAAUUGAGUUCAAUGCUACAGAUGCAUUAAGAUGUGUAAACAACUACCAAGGAAUGCUUAAAGUGGCCUGUGCUGAAGAGUGGCAAGAAAGCAGGACGGAGGGUGACCACUCCAAAGAGGUUAUUAAACCAUAUGAUUGGACCUAUACAACGGAUUAUAAGGGAACCUUACUUGGAGAAUCUCUUAAGUUAAAGGUUGUACCUACAACAGAUCAUAUAGAUACAGAAAAAUUGAAAGCCAGAGAACAGAUUAAGUUUUUUGAAGAAGUUCUCCUUUUUGAGGAUGAACUUCAUGAUCAUGGAGUUUCAAGCCUGAGUGUGAAGAUUAGAGUAAUGCCUUCUAGCUUUUUCCUGCUGUUGCGGUUUUUCUUGAGAAUUGAUGGGGUGCUUAUCAGAAUGAAUGACACAAGACUUUACCAUGAGGCUGACAAGACCUACAUGUUACGAGAAUAUACAUCACGAGAAAGCAAAAUUUCUAGCUUGAUGCAUGUUCCACCUUCCCUCUUCACGGAACCUAAUGAAAUAUCCCAGUAUUUACCAAUAAAGGAAGCAGUUUGUGAGAAGCUAAUAUUUCCAGAAAGAAUUGAUCCUAACCCAGCAGACUUACAAAAAAGUACACAAGUGGAAUAAAAUGUGAUACAACAUAUACUCACUGUGGAAUCUGACUGGACAGCUUGGCUAUUUGUAAGGGGUUAUUUUUCUUAUGAGAAUUAAUUGCCUUGUUUAUGUACAGAUUUUCUGUAGCCUUAAAGGAAAAAAAAAUAAAGAUCGUUACAGGCAGGUUUCACUCAACUGCUAUUUGUACUGUCUGUCUUCACAUUCAUAUUCCAGAUUUAUAUUUUCUGGAGUUAAAUUUGGAUGAUUUCUAAAUUAUCACAAAGUGGGACCUCAGCAGUAGUGAUGUGUGUGUCUCAUGAGCAGUGAGCACAGUCUGCAUUCAUCAUGAAACACUGUCUUCUACCAUGAGGAGAUUAAUGUAAAUCACCGAAUCCCAAUGCCUUGUGACUUUCAUAGGAUUCCUGAUCGUGCAUGUUGAUGUACUGGCUCUUCACUUUGGGCUUUCUGAUGUUUAUUCACACCUUUGGAGAGUUGCAACUUGCCACAUACGAAAUUAGUCUCAUAGUGUAGUGAACUUCAACCCCAAAAUUUUAAAAAUGUAUUUUCCCCCAGUUUUAAAUUGCCUUUGAAAUUAAAAAAAAAAUUUAGACUUAGUACCAGAACCAAAAAUACCUAGAUUUUUGGAGAACUUAUUACAUACAUAGAAACAUGAAUAUGGUUUACCACUGUGUGUGUGUAGGAUGUUAGAAUUAUCUGUCCUCCAUCUUUAGGUGCUUUUCCUUAAAUGUGGUUCUACUUAUACUGAUAUUUUUAAUUUCCAUCUUCCAUGCAACCUCAGAGUGAAUAAACCCCUUAAAUUUGGUGCUGGUUCGAAAAAGUCUAAAGGGUUUAUUAGGGGUUGUUUUUCGCAAAUAUUACAUCAAUCCUUAAAGCAACAAGAUUAAUUUUCUGCUUAAAAUAUUUGGGAAGAUAGGUAAGGAGGAGGGGGUUUUAAAAUAUAAAAGCAAGUUUUUCUAUUUUAAGGUGCGUAUUUGUAACAUUACAGGGGAUGAAGUAAAAUGUAAUUAAUUAGCACAAGACUUAGGGAGUACAGAAAGUACACAGAAGUAAAUUUCAAAUCCAUUUGAUUAUUUUGAUAAUGACCCCUUAGUCAUUUUAUAUUCUUGUCUGCCUUUCUAGAAAAAUGGUCGUCAUAAAGUGGAAAGUGAUUAAAAAGCAUCAAAUAAGAAAUUAUUUCAAGUGGAUUUUUAAAAAUAAUUUUUUGAAGGGCAGGGGGAAAAUUCACCCUUUUUCUGAUUUGAAAUAUGUUGUACAUAUUUCCAUUUGAUGGAUAAAUCAUUAAGUAAGAAUAUUUGAUUUAAAGUAUUAGCAAACCUCUUCAGGUAUUAGCCUGAAGAUAAAUUUUAACAAAACAUAUACACUUGGGUAUCCGUCAUUGCUCAAACUCUAUAGUGUAUUGCUGGAGCCAGUAGGCAGGGUAUAUUUUAUUAGCUAAAUUUGAUAUUUGUCUUCUGCCUUCUGUAUCACCUCCAAGCUAUAGGAAAUCAGGAUUUUGUUGGCUUUAAGAAAACACAUGGUAUAUUCACUGUAUAUUAAAUAUACUUGUAUUUAAUGUUUUCUCUUAGGACAGAAAAGUAGACACACACACACACACACGUUGUGUUCAGCUUUCUGUUUUAUAUUAUUUGCCAUUCAGAUUAGAACAGAACAGGCUCUAUUCAUGCAAACUAUAUGAAAUGAAAAACUUUUAAGACUCUUCAUUAAUUGGAGCUUCUGGGCAACAUCGUGUGUGUGUGUGUGUGUGUGUGUGUGUGUAUACAGACUUUUUUUUUUAACUUGUUGAUUCAGAUGUCUUGGUCCCUGAAUAGUCCUAGAUUACUUAUUUUGAGAAUUCAUUGUUAAAAAUUACAGGGAAUUAAAAUAAUUGCCUUUUUUUUUUUUAGAGGGUAAGAGAUGGGUAGAAGAGUAUGCCUCUGAAAAUUUUAUUAGUUUAUUCUUGUGGAGAAUACCAAGAAAAUGUGUAUUUGCCCAUUGCUAAAUAUGAUAUAUGCCAUUUUAUAUUUAUUUGUCCCAAGUGUCUUUUUGUAAGAGGAGAAUAAACAAUAAGGAAUUACUGAUCAAA